AUGGCGAACUCGGACCAGCUGUGCAAGAAGCGCGGUGCCAUAAGGGCUGGCGUCACGAGAGCGCUCACGCUUUUAACGGACCUGCUGCAGCAACCGGAUCCUGACGCCUCUCAGAUUAGCGGACACAUGGAUUACCUCAAGGACAAGGAGACAGCCCUGUCGCAGCUCGACGACGUCAUGCUUGCGACCACGAACGAAGAGAACCUCGACCAGGAAGCAGGAACGGCGCAGGAAUACAACGAGAAGAUUCUGUACGCAGUAUCACGCGCCAAGUUCUGGCUUCAAGAACGUGAGAGGAAUGCCGGAACGCAGGCUCGAGCAACUGAACCCGGGCCUAGCUACCUCGGAUCUCCGAACUCCGGCGACGCAGCAGGCCAGGUGAGAGAGCACCGUCAGCGUUCAGUUCAACUACCGAAGCUACAGAUACCGACUUUCGAUGGUAGUCUGCGUGGAUGGCAGUCUUUUUGGGACCAUUUCGACGCCACCAUCCACAAGAACGCUGAGCUACCGCGGAUUGAAAAGUUCAAGUACCUCCUCACCUACUUAACCGGCAGUGCGAAGCGGGCUAUCGAAGGCAUCCGCUUAGCCGAACAAAACUAUGACCUUGCGAUCAAGACGCUCACGGACCGCUUCGGACGCCGGGAUCUGCUCGUGAACGAUCAUAUCGAUCAUCUUCUCGCGCUAAGCCCAGUGAAAUGCUCAUCAGAGGUCCCGAAGCUUCGUCUGCUGCACGACAAUGUCCAAUUUCACGUCGGCGCCUUAGAAGGGCUUGGAGUUUCGCCAGACCAGUACACCGUGGUGUUAAACCGUGUGCUGAUGCGAUGUGUGCCAGAGGAUCUCGCCAUCAUAUACAGGCAGAAGACCAAGGAAACAAAUUGCGCAUCCAGUAUCGCCGAAACUCCUGAAGACAGAACGAGGCUCGCCAAGGAGAUGCUAACCUUCCUCCGCAUCCAAGUGGAAAUCCGGGAGGAAGGCCGGCAGCUGUCGCGUCGUGCAGUGCAAGACGAACCCAGGAUCCACAUGCCUAAAAAAAUUUAUGGCGCGGAACCUAUACCGUCAGCGUCAGCUCUAACCGGGUCCACCUUGCCUGUCAGACCAGCGUGUCCGCUAUGCCAAAGCAAGGAUCAUAUGAUCGCUUUCUGUAACGCUAACUUAUCGGCUGAGGAGAAGCGUGCAAGGCUGCAGUACGCUAAUUGCUGCUUCCGCUGCGGAACACGCAAUCACAUCGCCAGAUUGUGCAAAAAAUCCAUCAACCUCAGGUGUGGUACCUGCCAGCGACGCCACCUGACGAUUCUCUGUGAAUUAUCGAGGCCAGCCGAAGACCUUCAAUCAAGUGGUGGAUACCCGGCAUUUCAUGAACCACCGCCCCAGCCAAUGCGAAACGUCACAACCGCCCAGAGUAGUCACGUCGAAUCUACGCCUGUAUUGUUGCAGACAGGCCGAGUUUGGGCGUCUGGAGACCGACGACUACUCGUGCGGAUACUGCUGGACAGCGGCAGUCAGCGCACAUACAUUCGUGCAGACGUGGCAAAGAUACUCAAGUGCUCGGUCGUGGGUAAUGAAGAGCUCUCCAUCGUCACAUUCGGUGGCUCCAAGUCACGAAGACGAAUUUCCGCAGAGCGUGUCAAUGUGCGACUCCGCAGCCAGUUCGGCGCCUCAUCAGUGACUCUGGAAGCAUUAACGAUUCCUGAAAUCUGUUCUGUAACAAGCCCACCGCUCGACCCCAACAUUUUGCAACUGCUCGGCGAACGGGAGUACAACGUGGCCGACAGCUUUCAACCAACCACAUGGCAACCAGAAGAAAUAAGUGUCCUCAUCGGGUCCGACGCCUAUUGGCAAGUUACCACUGGGAAAAUUGAUCGCAUCAACGAGAGGCUAACAGCGAUCGACACCACCUUUGGAUGGAUGGUGCAAGGCCCUGUUAAGUCCGACAUGCACUUCCCAUCAAGUGCACUAUUUAUCUAG